AUCAGGAAGAGGAAGAGAGAGAACGUGUCAAAAGGGGUUGUCGCUUCCCCCGCUCGACUUCCAGUGACCAAUCAGGUGAAGGGAUGAUUUCGCAAACCGGCAACAGUGUCUCUAUAAUAUGCAACAUUCCCUCAUCAUCGGUCAGUCGUGAUUCAGAAUUCACAUCUCAUCCCUCUGCUCUGAUUUCGACGACAUCUCUGGCUGACUACCGAGGAUAUCCGAUCACUUCCGAAGAUAUCCGAUCACUUCCGAAUAUAUCCGAAGUCGACUCCAUGGAGGGAUUCAGUGGAAACUCGUCCAAGAGCAGUAUGUCUUACUCUAAAAUGAUGAUGGUCAUAUGGUCAUUUUGGAGCUGGGACCUGCAAAUGCAGGCGGAAGCCCUGGUGAAACUUAUUUCCGGACUUUGUCCGGUGAUGGCUAGACUUCUGUGCGCUAUAGUAGUGCAGACCCUACAGGAAACAAUCAACCCCAAAAUUGAGAAACAAGAAAGAGAUGCCAACAACCCAGACUUCAUAAGACAGCUUUUUAACAGCCACGACAUCGACUUUGAAAAGUUGUUUGAAUAUCUGGCUUUGCUCAAACCUUCAAAUGUUGAAACACAACUUGUUUACAUCUCCGCCCUACCUGCACUCUUCAGAAACUGCAUCCAGCAGUCCACUAAAAUCGACCAGGCUAAAAAACUGCUUCAGGUGGUGUUAAUCCACCCCUCUUUCAGGCACUUGAGAAGGGAGUUUGAGCAUUUCAAAUUUCAACUACUGUACAGUGAAAACGACACAAGAGAGACAGCUUCGGCACCGGUUCCACCCCCACCCGUGUCGUCUCUUCAACAAAACGAAGGCAACCGAAACAAAUUGCUCAAUAAGCAAUUAUCACAAAUUGAGGCAAUUCUGAAGGAUGAGAAGGCCGAAAAACGUAACUUGCUUGGGGCGGAGAAGCAGAGAAGCAAUGGCGCUUAUGCCAAGAGACCACGGAACUCGAACCCAUGGAAUAAUGAAACUGUCAGGGAGGAACAGACCCCUACGAGCAAUAACAGUAAACCCGGAAUGAAAGAUCUGUACAAUUGGCUGAAGUUCCUGCGUCUGCACAAAUACUUCAUCCAAUUCGAGAGGUUGACCUACGAGGAGCUUCUAUCUCUCGAUGAGACUAACUUCGACAUGCUGGUGCCGGGGGUUACACAGGGUGCCAAAAGGAAGUUCCUCAUUACAAUCGAAGGACUGAGACAGCGCUAUCGAACACUUGUCAGCAUUGAUCAGACUAUUGAGACCAUGUCUGGUGAUUGUCUAUCCUCAGUGAUGGAUCAGAUGCGACUAAUGAUUUUUUCGCCCAUGAAGCCUCCAACCGAAGCACAAAGGAGGUCACCCGACGACAUACCAUACAAGUACUUUCACGUUGUCCGCAACAUUUUGCUACGCUUACUCGAAAACCGUUUGGGAGACGAGGAAUGCAUCAAAAGACUGAGAACCCUUAUCUAUCUGACUUUGAGAAACGAGGCGUUUGCACCCUACACACCUGCAUUGAACGCUAUGAAGAGCCGUCUCUAUGCAAACGAACCGUUGAGAAACAGUAUGACCGCCACCUACCUGAGAACCGUUUCGCAGCAAGCAGGUGGCUUCCGGAACGCCUGGAAAACAAACCCAUUGUUGUCUGAAGCACCUACCAGCACACUGACUCGACCACUGUUCAUCCAGAUCCCUGACCUGACACCGCAACCUUCAGGCCUACAGGCUGCCGAAUUCGAGCGAAUCAACCACCCUCAGUUCGAGUCUCAGCCAGUGGAUGAACUCCCACAAACUCAUGAGGAGUCGAACAGUGACACACUGUGGCGGGCCGUUGGCUCAGGCGUGCGCAGUCAGAGUCAGCUAAACUCAACUUCUUCAUCGGGAUUCUCAAGCAUGCGCAGUCAGCUAGACUCAACUUCUUCAUCGGGAUUCUCAAGCAUGCGCAGUCAGCUAGACUCAACUUCUUCAUCGGGAUUCUCAAGCAUGCGCAGUCAGCUAGACUCAACUUCUUCAUCGGGAUUCUCAAGCAUGCGCAGUCAGCUAGACUCAACUUCUUCAUCGGGAUUCUCAAGCAUGCGCAAUCAGCUAGACUCAACUUCUUCAUCAGGAUUCUCAAGCAUGCGCAGUCAGCUAGACUCAACUUCUUCAUCGGGAUUCUCAAGCAUGCACAGUCAUCUAAACUCUACUUCGUCUUCCGGCAUGCGCAGUCAGCAAAAUUCAACUUCCUCGUCGUUCGGCGUCGAUUCGUUCCGCUCUCCGCCAGCGGACGAGCGCACGGCAACAACGUUCGGCUAUGUCGGUCGCAGCUACAGUGCGGGAGCCGUUGACCUCCGUGCGGGAACGGGAACGGGAAUGGGAAUGGGAACGGGAACGGGAAUGGGAAUGCAUGCAGCCGGCAAUGGCGCUACUGCGUCCGCUCAGCAGAGAACUCGUGGACAGUCAUGGAGUGCUGGAGAAACCUACUCAGACUACAAACUGUUCUCGGACAAUGAUGAAUGUGACUUGUUUAAGGAAAUCUGGAAAGUAGGCCUAAGCGACUGGAAAAGUUAUGAAUUUGAUGAUUUCGGACAUUUUCAAUUGUACGAGUAAGUUUUGUAACUUUAGUUGAAGAUUUUUAUAGAUUAUAAGUUCCAAGUUUUGAUCUUUCGAUUCGAUCGUCUCGAACCGAUGUGUGUUCGGACCUUUUCAAUUUUUAAUUUUAAUUUUAGUUAAUGAUUUCUGUAAAUAAUGUUCUGAUCUCUUGAGCUAAUGAUCGUCUCGUUAUCGCAGACAAGAUCGGACAUUUUUUAUUUUCAAAGUUUUGCAAUUUUCGUUGAUUGUAAAUGUCAAAUUUUGAUCCCUUGAGUAAAUGAUCGUCUCGAAUCGAUAAUAAGUUUGGACCUUUUAAAUUUUAAGUUUUAUCAUUUUUGUUCAUGAGUUUUGCAGAUAAUGUUUUGAUCUCUUGAUUAGGCCUAAUGAUCGUCUCAAACCGAUAAUAAGUUUGGACCUUUUCAAUUGUUAAUUUCAAGUUUUGUAAUUUUAGUUCAUGAUUUUUGUAUAUAAUUUUUUUAUCUAUUGAUUAAUGAUCUUCUCGAACCAAUAAGUUCGGACGUUUUCAAUUUUUAUUUUCAAGUUUUGUUAUUUUAGUUCAUGAUUUUUGUAUAUGUUUUGAUCUCUUGAUUAAUGAUCGUCUCAUACCGAUAAUAAUUUCUGACCUUUCAAUUUUUAAUUUCGUUUCUUAAUUUUUGUAGAAAAUGUUUUGAUAUCUUGAUUAAUGAUCGUCUCGAACCAAUAAGUUCUGACUUUUUUCAAUUUCAAGUUUAGUAAUUUUAGUUCAUGAUUUUUGUAUAUAAUGUUUUGAUCUCUUGAUUAAUGAUCGUCUCGAAACAAUAAGUUCGAACCUUUUUUAUUUUAAAUUGUAAGUUUCCUAAUUUUAGUUGAAGAUUUACGUAGAUGCAUGUUUCAAGAUUUGAUAUUUCUUGAUCUCUUACGCAGAUAAGUCACACAAAUAUUGCAUUAUCACAAUGCAAUUACUCGAUUAUGGUAAUCUCGUUAUUAAAAAUAUACAAAAGGAAAACUAUUACACAAGUAUUAUUAUCACAACAAAGCUAUGGUAACUUCGUUAGUGAAAGAAAUAUCACAAUUAAUAUUAUCACCAAGUGCAGUUACUAUUUAUUAUGAUCAUUCCGUUAGUAAAAUACCAAAGUAUAGAUAUUGCAAUUAUUUCACUGAAGUACAAAUGAGGUACUGUUGUAAUUUUGUUAGUAAAAUACUGAGUAAUCUUUUGAGACUGAGUAAAAAAGACUACAUUAUUACUGUUACGGUUGUAAUAUGUUAGUAAGACUGAGUAAUCUUUUGAGACUAAGUAAAAGACUGGGACUGAGUUAGAUAAGACAUUAUCAAUAGCCAUAAAUUUGUGAAGCAAUAUCAAUAUAGAACUAUAAAUAGAAAAUAAUUUCAAAUCCACUGUCAAUAGUUUUUUGAUACAAUGUUAUUUGUGGAAUAGUGAUUUGCUCAAAAAGUUCUCAAGUUUAAAACUGUUAAUGUUUCUCAAUUGCCAGUAUAUUUGCAUAACUGACCUAUCUGCUUUUGAUUAUUAAGCGUUUCAAUGAAAUAUAUGAAAUCAUUAAUGUAUUUUUAAUUCAUUAGAAACAAUUCUAACAAAAUAAUGUUUCAAAUCAACUAAUCUAUCAAUAGUUCAGUUUUGAUCCAAUAUUAUUUGAGGAAUAGUUUUUUGAUCAAAGAGUUUUCAAGCUAAAAAAAUUAAUUUUUCAAUUACUGUACCAGUACCUGUAUUGCUUGCAUACCGUACGUGGCUUAUCAGUUGAUUAUGAAGUGAUUCAACGAAAUAUAUGAAAUCAUUGAAUAAUGUAAUGAUACAUCAGAAAAAAUACUCUAAAAAUUUCAAAAUAUUACGCUAACCAUUCAAUGUUACUCCUAGUUUUUUCUGUUGAAACUUGACAAUUUUUUAGUGGGAUCAUAAUAUACUACUUUUUGUGUAAUGAGUUUCAAUUGUGUAAAUAUUUGUUAUCGAUUAUUUUUGUCAUCUUUUAUUAUAUCUUCAAAUAUUAUAUCAUGUUAUUUUUAUAAGAAUCCAUGUGCAAAUAUUUGUUAUCGAUUAUUUUUGUCAUCUUUUAUUAUAUCUUCAAAUAUUAUAUCAUGUUAUUUUAUAAGAAUCCAUGUGUAAAUAUUGGUUAUCGAUUUUUUUGUCAUCUUUAAUUAUAUCUAAAAAUAUUACAUAAUGUUAUGUUAUAAGAAUCCAAAUAUAUACAUUUUUUUAAUAAUAAAAAUUAUUGAUAUUAUCGUGGGAGAAAAUACAAAAUGAUAUUAGAGUUGAUAGGGGGAAUAAAAUUUUAUCAUAAAGUUCAUUUGUGAUAAGAUUAUUGUUGGGAAGGCAUGAUAAGAAAGAUAGAGUAUGAAAUGUAUUAGAAAGAAAGAGAAUGAAAGAGAGCGUAAAGUCAAUGUGAUAAGAUUAUUGUUGAAAAGUAUAAGAAGAAAGUAUGUAAGAAUGUUUGGUAUAGAGUUAUGUGAUAUGAUUAUUGUUGGAAAGUAUAAGAAAGAGAAUUAAUAUUCAUUAUGAAUUACAAAUAUGCAUAUACGAAUAGUAGUAGAAAGAAAGAGUAUGGAAGUAUUGUGAAAAGAGUAGGGCAGGUAUGAGAAGAGAGAGAUAACUAGUGAAUUCUCCAGUAUGAUAUUAAUGUGUCAUUUAUUAUUGUAUAUUGAUAGAUUAAAUUAUAAAAAGGAAAAAAAAAAUCUGAUAAAUAAGUUUGAUAUUUCAAUGUAUUUUCUUAUUUCUGAUUCACUCAAUGAUAUUGCUCAAUUUAGUACCGUAAGUUUUAGACAAUAUUUUCUAUUGAAUGAUGAUAAACUUGGCAGAAUAUCAUUAAACAAUUUAUUUAUAAAAGUUGAAAAUACUUUCAAAUAAAGUUAUGAACAACAAUAAUAUUAUUAUUCAACAGAACGAUAUUAAAAAAUUUGUGGAAGUUUGAAAAAAAAUAAAAUAAGAACAAUUAGAAUCAAACAUUUUCAAAACGUUCUUGUGAGUAUACUUUCUUGUAGGUAUACAAGAUUUUUGUAGUACGGUAUAUUUUUCUGAUAAAAAUAUUGUCGUAUCGUUUUUAAUUUACUUGUGUUUUUAGAAAAAUACAACUGCUAUAUAUAUUAUUAUAUUGUUAUAUUAUAGAUAAUGUAUAUUAUUUCAUUUAUAUAGAUGCAAUAAUUUUUCAACUAUUUGCAAUCCUCGCUAGUUCAUUAUUUUCAAUAUAAGGUUCUAUAUCUUAUGUAACUAUUGAAUUUCAAAAUUUUCGAAACAUUUUUGUAGGUAUACUUUGUAGCAUCACCUUUUGAUAAAUUGUAGUAUUGUUUUUAUUAAAUUCAAAAAGUGUGAUCAAUUAUAGAAUAAUAUAACUGCAAUAAUAUAUAUUUUAUAUCAUCUGGAAAUAUUGUAAAUCCAAAUACACUAUUUUUCUAAACUUUUAUUCAUAACAGUUUUCAACUUAUUAACGCCAUUCACAAGUGAUUCACUCAAUUGAAAAUUGCAUUAAUUUGUUGAAACAUGUGAAUAAAAGUCUUGGAAAAAGGAUACAGUAAUUGGAUUUUUAAUUUCCAGAUAAAUAAGAGUAGCUCUCACCAAAAAGUAAAUAUUUUAUCAUAUACAGCUGCAAUAUUUUUUCAAUUGUUUGCAAUCUUAGCUUAGUCAGUAGGUUUAAUAAGGUUCCAUAUCUUAUCUCUUAAUUUAUUAUUAAAUUUCAAGUAUUUCCUGUUGUUCUUGUUAAUUUGAUGAGUACUUGAAAUAAUUGCCACAUUUUAUGUUUCACUAAUUUCAGAGUAUUGAUUUAUAUUUUUGUUGUAUCAAAGAAAUAUACUUAGACAUAGUUAUAAGAUUUAAUAUGUUAAGUUUAUGUCUAUAUACUAUUGUGACUGCUACUAUUAAAUAUUAUAGUAGCUUGUCAACUAUAUUUUUGCCAUUUUUAUUGUUUUGUAAAAUUUCAUUACUUUUAUAUCAAGUUUUUAUAAUAUUAUUCUAGUAAGUUUAUAUAUUCUAUAUUUUC